GAUCCAGACAUUAAAGCAAAUGUUUCGAGUCGGUGGUCUUGGUUUUGUUUUGUAUUGGCUUGGAAAGGACUGGUCGUCGCGUCUAUUAUAAGCAGCGGGAAGAAACACCGUCGCCCCACGCCCCCUCCUCAUUGAAGGUGAGGAGCAUCGCUAUGGCUUCCAACUUCCCGGUGUUUCUUCUCCUGUCCGCGGCAUUAUUCACGACUGUAGUCGGCUUUGAGAGUUGCCACUCUGUAGUCUGUGAUUUUUGGAGUUACGAGUUCUGCUGUGGGACCUGUGAUGAGAACUACUGCUGCUCUGAUCCACAAAAAAUAUUGACUAUUGAAGACUGUCUUUUCAAAGGCCUCAAGUUUUCACCUAAAUUUUCUCCUCAAAACGACGCUGUUCCUAUUGUCAUCGGUGUCUCCACACUAGGGGCUAUCAUCAUCAUAGUUUUGUUCCUCAUCUGCUGGAUUUGUCCAUGCUGCUAUCUCUAUAAGAAGUUCAGAAAUCCUGGACCUGUGACUACAACAACUACGGUUGUGACGAGACAAUACCUUCCGCAGCCUUCAGCCGUCAUUCAGGGCGGUCAGUACCUUUCGUACCAGGCUUUGCCAAAUACCCUACCUUGUGGAGGCCAACCAAUGCCAACUGGACCACCGCCCUCAUAUCAGGAGGCUGUAGGUCCAGGGAAUCCUGUUCCCAUCCAGGUUGUGUAUGAUGGUGGUCAGGCCACGUAUCCUCUACAGUCAUCGCUGCCCACAGACUGCACCUCACCUCAACCAGCGAACAGCCCUGCUUACACCGGUUGCACCAGUUCAGUUGUCAAUACCAGUGACUAAACCAAAACCGCUGCAUUGUGGAGGGUACACAUUUCUGCUCUGCUCUUGUGAAUUGUGAAGCUACUAUCGUACAAAGGCAUUUGAGAAUACUAGUACUGUUGUUGUCCAUUAAUAUUGCCGUAUUUAUGCUCUCUUGUUCACCGUUAUGUUUACACUUGCAUUAAACACUUGAAUUUGUUUCUUUCUCUCGAUUCUAAGCAAAGAUCUAUCCAUUGUAGUUAUUUUGGAUUGGUACAGAUAUUUUGUGAUUGUAAAUUUAAGUUGUGAAUGUGUCUGUCGACUCAUUUUAUGCCAAUCAAACUAAGCAAGAGUCAAGUUGACUAUCAGAGUUUAGAGUUGAAGAAGAAAUUUUGCAUCUAGUUUACAGAAGUGUGUCUGUGUGUAUUUAAAAUAAAUAUGCUUCACACGUUACACUGGUAGUUUUUGGUUUUGUU